AUGGAGUUUACACGAUUUUGUGCGCAACACCUCGACGGUGACCGAACAAAAGUUAUAGCGCUUUCUCCAACUAUGGAAACCGGCAACAUAGUCAGCUGGCAAAAGAUCUCUCCAAUUCAUUCUGACUUUAUCAACACGACUUGGAUUCAGAAAGAAGGAGAACAGCUGAGCGAAGGUGACCUACUAUGUGAAAUCGAGACAGACAAGGCUACCAUGGGAUUUGAAACUCCCGAAGAGGGCUAUUUGGCUAAAAUUUGUAUCCCUGAAGGCACGAAGGGUGUUCCGAUAGGAAAGUUACUCUGUAUUAUCGUUGACAGUGAAGACGCCGUCGCUGCCUUCAAGGAUUUCAAAGAUGGCGAAGCAGGAGCUUCGGCUGCCGCGUCUGAGGCACCAGCUGCCGCUCCAUCUUCUCCUACUUCAGCACCCGCUGCUCCUAAAGGAGAUCUUCCGCCAUGUAGCCGAAUCGCUUUACCUGCUCUUUCACCUACCAUGGAGACAGGAAACAUAGUCUCUUGGCAGAAGAAAGAAGGAGAACAGUUGGCUGAGGGUGACGUACUAUGUGAGAUCGAAACCGACAAAGCUACUAUGAGCUUCGAAACACCAGAAGAAGGUUAUCUCGCUAAAAUCGUUAUCCCUGAAGGCACCAAGGGCGUUGCUAUUGGGAAGUUGCUCUGUAUCAUCGUAGACAGCGAGGACAAAGUGGCUGCGUUCAAGGAUUUCAAGGAUGAUGGAGCCUCAGCUCCUGCCGCUGCAGCCCCAUCAGGAGCUGCUGCUUCACCGCCUCAGUCUGCAGCGACGAUCUCUCCUGGAGGAGACCAAAUUGCCGAGGGUGAUGUGCUAUGCGAAAUUGAAACUGACAAAGCUACUAUGGGUUUCGAAGCACCUGAGGAUGGUUAUCUUGCCAAGAUCGUUAUUCCUGAAAACACAAAAAACGUUCCGAUUGGGAAAUUGCUUUGCAUAAUUGUCGACAGCAAAGACAAAGUUGCAGCAUUCAAGAACUUCAAAGACGAUGGAACUACAGUUAUACCAGAGGCGCCUGCUCCGUCUGCCCCAAGUUCUCCACCUCCGCCGGCAGCACCUGCUACACCACCUCCCACUCCCCCUUCGGCUGCUCAUGCAGCUGGACAUGUGAAUGCUACACCUUUUGCAAGGAAGAUGGCCGCUGAGCGCGGCGUUGAUAUAAGUGGUGUAGCUGGCUCCGGUCCUGGUGGACGUAUUAUUGCAGCUGAUAUCAAACAAGCUCCAGCUGGAGCAGCUGCUACGGCGCGUCCUGUAAUACCUAUGACGUCGGAAGGAGGUUACACCGACAUUCCUCUGACUGAAAUGCGCCGUACUAUUGCCAAGCGUCUAUCGGAGAGCAAGAGCACCAUUCCACAUUACUACCUGACUGCCGAAAUAAACAUUGACAACUUACUCAAAGUGCGUGAGAAACUGAAUAGGUUGCUAGCUCAGGGAACCGAUGGCUCAAGUAAAAUUUCGAUCAACGAUUUUAUCGUCAAGGCAUCAGCUCUGUCUUGCUUGCGUGUCCCCGAAACGAACAGUUUUUGGAUGGAAUCCUUCAUUCGUCAAAACAACACCGUGGACGUCAGUGUAGCUGUAAGCACUCCAUCGGGACUGAUUACACCAAUAGUGUUCAAUGCGCAUGCAAAGGUAAGUUUGGAUCAGUAA